AUGGGAGAUUUGCCGUAUUUGACUUGUUUGGUUUUGUACAUAUUUUCUUUUCAAAUUAUUGCUACUAACUCGCGAACCUCCAAUAUUUGGAAAUUAGAUGUUGAACAAGGUCAAAUAGUGGAUGGAACCACUAUAUCGCAAGAUGAUACUGAGAAAGCUAAAAUGAGUGAAGAGGAUGUUGUAUUCAAUAUAAUAACUUCUACUGUGUAUUAUGGCAACACUUGGACUAAGCACAGUUUUGAUAUGUUUUGCACAGAUUGCCAGUUUUAUGACCAGCAGAGAAGUGCCUCGGAUAAUAAUGAAGAGAUAAAUCAACAAGAUAUUAAUGUAGCUGAGCCUGAAGAUGAAUACUUAGAUUGUGGAAAAGCAGUUAAUUUUACAUAUUAUGACAACCUCGUUGGAGUUGCAAGACGUCACAGACACCCUAAUGUACCUGAACCACAAGUUGCUCUUAUCUUUACAAAGAAAAAAUCAAUCAAGAAUGGUGUAACAGAAUUAGACAUCAAUGCCUUAGAGAAGCGCCUUAAAAAAGCAAAGAGGGAGAAACCAAAGUCAGUUCAACUGUACAAUCAAAUUGGAAAUUUUUGGAGAAUCAAAGGUGAUACACGGCAAUCGAUUGAGUGCUUUCGGCGGGCACUCGCUGUUUCUCCUUAUAAUGCAGAGGUCUUGUUGAACCUAGCGAGGGUAUUAUUUACCCUGCAGUAUCUAGACGACGCCAUCUACCUGACACGGCGGUCUCUGGAAGUGCAGCCGCCGGACCGCAGCGCGUGGCAGCAGUACUUCACACUGGGAGAAAUAUUCAAAGCAUAUGGACAUUAUCAGGAAGCCGCAGUGCAUUUAAGGCACACACUUGACCUUAGGCCUGACUUCGAGCCAGCGCUGGUUGCCCUUAAAGACAUUGAAAAUAUUCCGGAAGCCUCUGUACAUGUGUAUACUCUUCUAAUUAUUGUUUGCUUGGUGAUGGGAGUAUUGCUAGUGAUCCUCUCAUCAGUCGACAGCGGCAGCGAAUCAGAAGAUCACAAAACUCAGCGGCACUUCAACCGCGCAAUGGCGAUGCGUUCCCUCCGCGGCGUGGUGGGCUCGCGCGGUCGCAAGAAAGGCGGCUCUUAG